AUGCAUCUUGCAAUACCGCUACUCCUCCUAUUGGAAGCAACUAAUGCUCAGUUCCCACGACAAUGUGCUACAGUGGAUGUGCUGAUCCAAGGUGAAUGUUGCCCAGAUCUGUCUCCCGGAGUGGUUCCUGGUUCUGAUCGCUGUGGCUCAUCUUCUGGAAGAGGCCAGUGCGUACAAGUAAUAGCAGAUUCCCGACCCCAUGGACCUCAAUAUAUGCAUGAUGGUCGAGAUGACCGCGAGCAGUGGCCUCUUCGUUUCUUCAAUCGAACUUGUCGGUGCAACCACAAUUAUUAUGGUUACAACUGUGGCUCAUGCCAACCUGGCUGGACUGGCCCCACCUGUGACCGGAAGAUUAAUAUAGUUAGACGAAAUCUUCUGGAUUUUAGUAGUGAAGAAAAGAGUGAGUUUCUAAGAGUCUUACAACAAGCCAAAACUACAACCCACCCUGACUUUAUGAUCGCAACCAGAAGACGUGAGGAAAUCUUGGGUCCUGAUGGCAACACUCCACAAUUUGAAAAUGUGUCCAUUUAUAACUAUUUUGUGUGGUCUCAUUAUUACUCGGUCAGAAAAACUUAUCUUGGGCCUGGACAGCGAAGUUUUGCUGGAGUAGAUUUCUCCCAUGAAGGACCAGCAUUUCUCACCUGGCACAGAUAUCACCUGCUACAACUGGAGAGAGAUAUUCAGGAUAUGCUACAGGAUCCUUCUUUUGCCCUCCCUUAUUGGAACUUUGCCACAGGUAGAAACAACUGUGACAUCUGUACAGAUGAUCUCAUGGGAUCCAGAAGCAGCUUUGAAGACUCUCUUCUCAGCCCCAAUUCAAUCUUCUCACAGUGGCGCAUCUUGUGUGAGGCUAUUGAUGACUACGACACAUUGGGGACCAUUUGCAACAGCACAGAAGGUGGUCCAAUUAGACGCAAUCCAGCCGGAAAUGUCGCCCGUCCCAUGGUGCAGCGACUCCCAGAGCCUGAGGAUGUUGCUCUUUGCUUAGAAGUUGGAUUAUUUGACACACCUCCAUUCUACUCCAAUUCAGCAGACAGUUUCCGUAACACAGUAGAAGGCUACAGCAAUCCUUCAGGAAAGUACGAUCCGGCAGUGCGAAGCCUUCACAACCUGGCUCAUCUGUUUUUGAAUGGAACUGGAGGGCAAACUCAUUUAUCCCCAAAUGAUCCCAUUUUCGUGCUCCUCCACACGUUUACAGAUGCUGUUUUUGAUGAAUGGCUGAGAAGGCAUAACCCUGAUAACUCAACAUACCCAUUAGAAAAUGCCCCCAUUGGACACAACAGACAGUACAAUAUGGUACCAUUUUGGCCCCCUGUAACCAAUGAUGAGAUGUUUGUUACAGCACCAGAAAACCUGGGCUACAGUUAUGAAGUUCAGUGGCCAUCUCCAGCUCUCCAUGUGACUGAAAUCAUAACGAUUGCAAUAGUUGCUGCUUUGAUCCUGGUUGCAAUUAUAUUCGCUGCAGCCUCUUGUAUUGUGUAUUCCAAGAGACAGGAAGAGCACCAGCCACUUCUCACCGAUCACCAUCUGACCUAUUCAGAUGAUUAUGACAGCAUUCCAACCCCAAGGCAGUCAAAUGUGUGA